AUGGCGGAGAACAUCCGAAGAUCCUUACAAGAUAUCAAUCUGGGCGAUGAUGACGAACCUUUUGUCCUGCCGGCUGAUGUGGUGAGACAGGCGGAGGAGGAGAACCGUUUCAUCCUAAUUGGCCAUCCGGUGAUGCCUAGAAAACAAAACCUUCGAGCAAUCGUUGCCUCUAUGCCACGAUCCUGGGGCUUUGAAUGCUUGGUUCGGGGAAGAAUUAUCGAACACAGACGAUUCCAGUUCGUCUUCCCGUCUGUGGAAGCAAUGGAUACGGUGAUAAGAAGAGGCCCAUGGGCGUAUGCGGAUCGUAUGCUUGUUCUCCAGUGCUGGACGCCUCUGAUGGACAUGGCGAUGCUCAAUUUCAUUCCUUUCUGGAUCCAGAUUAGGGGCAUUCCACUCCAGUACAUGAACCGAACGGUGAUUGUUAACAUUGCGAGAGUACUAGGAGAGUACAUCCAAAUGGACUACAACGAGGAAGUGGGAAGCAGAAUGGAGUUUGUCAGAGUCCGCCUCAAUUGGAAUGUUAACAAUCCCCUGAAGUUUCAGAGAAACUUCCAAUUCACCCCUAGAGUUAACACUCUCCUCAGGAUCCAAUACGAGAGGCUUCGUGGGUUCUGUGAAACAUGUGGCAUGAUCACGCAUGACUCCGGUGCCUGUUUGAUUCAAAAUGGAGGUGCUGACCAGAAUGAUGAAGAUAAUGACAGUGAAGGCGAUAAUGCUGAUGUGGAGUUGGUACCAAACCAAGGAGUCCUUAUUGAAGAGAUCAUUGAGGAAAGCGAUGAAGUAGCAGACGCAGAUAAUGAGGCUGAGGGCACAACGUGGAGGCUGAAGCAGAACCUGUAG